AUGAUUAAUUCCAUUUUAAAAAUUUUCUUCUUGGCAAUGCUCGGCAAAUUCGCAACCCUUGUGCUGAACCCAAUGGGAGAUCCGUCCAUCGUCAUGGGAAAGACAAACCAUCGUGACGGCAUAAACAUAAAUCUCUCAUAUGAUGGGAAAAUGAAAAAUGAGUUCAAAUUACAACUAAACGGAAAGACAGGAAUUGUUGAUACGCCAUUAAUUAUUCUUCAACCGACGGAAGAUGUUUCACCUGGAGAAUUAUAUAAAAGAUAUUUAGAUGAGAUGGAUGACCCUACAAAUAUUUCUGUGACAAAUAUCUUAACCAAUUUAAUGGACACCUUCGAGCCAAUUGAGCAGAAGAAGUUCUUAGAUAACCUUUUAGGUGAAAUCGAAACUCAUAUAGAAUUUUACGAAAGUCUUUCCCUCAAGUGA